UUUUUUGGGAGGUGGAAAGGGCAGUCCCGGCUGGAAUUUCGGGAAGAUUUGGCAUCCCAGAGAACCCUCGAUUUUCCAGGGGUUUUUUUGUUUGUUUGGUUGGAUAUUUUGGUUUUAUUUUGGGGGUGGGGAGGGCAGUUCUGGCUGGAAUUUCGGGAAGAUUUGACAGCCCUGAGAAUCCUCGGUUUUCCGAGGUUUUGGGGUUUUUUGGGGGGUUUUUUGGGGAAUGGAAAGAGCGGUUUUGGCUGGAAUUUCAGGAAGAUUUGCCAUCCCAAAUAAUCCUUGGAUUUCCAGGUUUUUGUUUGUUUUUUGGAGUUUUUUGGGAGGUGGAAAGGGCUGUUUGGGCUGGAAUUUCGGGAAAAUCUGGCAUCCCUGAGGAUCUCUGAUAUUCCAGGUUUUUUUUUUGCUGGCCCAGCCUCUCUGCUCCGGGUGAUCCAGGACAUCCCUGGGAGCCGGAGCCGCACGUGGCCGGGUUCGGGGUGCAAUUAAAGCCAAACCCAACCUCCCCAAAAUUCCCUGGGGCAUUCCCGGGCUCCAUAAAAACCCGGCCAGCCCCGGCCUUUCCCGGGCGCUUCUCUCCGGCUCUUCCCCCUCAUGACCUGGCUCUGAACCCCGCUCCGCCAUGCACUGCCCCGGCGAGCGCUGCCCGCCGCUCCUCCUGCCGGGCCCCAAAUUCAUCCCCGAGCUGCUCCCUCCGUGCCAGGCUCACCCCGAGCCCUUCGCCAACACCUGCCACCCCCUGAGCAUCACCAAGGGCCCCGCGCCGCGCUGGCAGAGCUGUCCCCAAGCCGCCACCGCCGCCUCGCUGCUGCCCUGCCGGCCGCUGGUGCAGAAGUGCCUCCUGCUCUACCCCGAGCCCUGCGAGACCACGCGGCUGCUGCCCCGCCCGAGGGGCUCCGGUGUCCCCCAGAGCCCCCCGGCCCCUCGCGGCGACAAGAGACGCGCGGCCCGGAGCCUCCCGCCGUGCGCCCCGCGCUGCCCCGAGCCCGGCCGGCUGCGCUUCCCCCCGUGCGGCAUCCGCGGCUCCUCCGCCUCCUGCCGGGCCCUGGCUCGCCCGCACAAGGCGGCCGCGUGUCCCCCGCGCUGCCCCGAGCUGAGCGGCGGCUACUCGCUGCCCCUCCGAGGGGUCACCGAGUGUCCCCCGCAGCAGAGCGUCACCCGCUCCUUCCUGCGGGAGCAGCUGGCGGGGGUGGCCCCGCACCGCUGCUCCAAGGGGUACCCCACGCAGGAAUUUGGCACCUGCUGCUCCUCGGAGCAGCGCCUGAGCGUCACCAAGGUCACCGAGGAGCGUCCCCCGAUGCCGGCGGUGGCCAAGGGCUCGCCGCAGCUUGAGGGGACCAAGGGCAGGAGCUGCUCGGCGCAGCACCUGAGCAAGUCCCGCUGUGGCCACCACCAGCACCCCCGGGGCUCCCCGCGGCCCUCCCGGCUGGCCCCGGCCGGCGCCAAGCGCUCCGGGCGCUCCAAGAAAAGUCGCGGUGCUUCCAAGUGGCUCUGGUGAGGGAGGGGCGGGAAAGGUCGGGAAUGCCGCGGGGGAUGGAGCCCGGGUUCGGGGGGAUCGACAGGGGGUGAUCCCCCCUCCUUGGAGCCCGGUUUUGGGGUGAUUCCCAUGGGGUGAUCCCCCCCUUGGGCCCAGGUUGGGGUGAUCCCCAUGGGGUGAUCCCACCACUACUUGGAGUCCAGUUUUAGGGUGAUUUCCCCUCCUUGGAGCCCAGGUUAGGGGUGAUUUCCCCUCCUUGGAACCCCGGUUUGGGGUGAUCCCCCCCUCCAGGAAGCCCAAAUUUGGAGUGAUUUUCUCUCUCCUUGGAGUCCAGGUUUGGGGUGAUCUCCCCUCCAUGGACCCCAGGUUUGGUUUGGGGUGAUUUCCCCUCCUUGGAACCCAGAUUUGGGGUGAUUUCCCCUCCAUGGACCCCAGGUUUGGUUUGGGGUGAUUUCCCCUCCUUGGAGCCCAGGUUUGGGGCAAUCCCCCCUCCUUGGAGCCCAGGUUUGGUUUGGGGUGAUUUCCUCUCCUUGGAGCCCAGGUUUGGGGUGAUCGCCCCUCCAUGGACCCCAGGUUUGGU